AUGGGUUUUCCCUUGCUAUAUUUCGUCUUUUUUACAUUAUAUCUCUCUAUUAUACUCACCUACACCACCGGAUCAGCAGCAGAUCCGCAGGCAUCGACAUGUUCAGCUUCUGCUGCCAACUGGAGGUUUCCGCUCGUGCACGAUGACAGGUUGACCUGCCUAUACACCCGAGAUGAAGAACUUGAGUUUCAAAGGGAAGCUGCUUCAAAUGCCGUCAUUCGAUCUUUGGAAGACAAAGUAGUGCGACUUCAGCAAAUUGUGGAUGAUCUGCAACAGCAAUUAAGCAGCCGGGAGAAGCAGCAGCAGCCUGCAGCAGCUGCACCUGCUGCUGCUGCUCCUGCUGCUGCUCCUGCUGCUGCUCUUCAAUUCAUCCAGACGCCCGUAGGCGACGCCCAGGACAUUCUUUUUGCUUUUGCCUCUCAUCCAUAUUUCAUUGAACUCAUCUCCCUCACUCGCAGAAGAAACGAAGCUCUUUCACUCGCUUUAUCACCUGUCCUUGCAGUGGUGUGUUCUCGCGCUGGGGAUUUAGAAGUUAGAAGUCUGUUUGACUCCUCUCUUUUUCUGCGUUUGAAGCUGCCUCAUGCAGCGCCUGUACAGACAUUAUCAGUGUUUCCCCAGGGAGACGUACUCACAACAGAUGAAGCUGGGAUCGCUCGUAUCCACAUUUUGUCUGUUAGAAGACCCGAUGAAGAAACCCCACAAACAUUAAGUGGAGAGACAGCAGAAGAAGUAUCUAAGGAGACUCGCGGGCCUUUACAUUUAACUCUAACGGCAUCAUCGUCUUUUAGGGUCUCCCCUGGGGGCAGCAAAAAACAUAACUGCAUUCUUGCAGCAACAAUUCGCGGAGAGAGAAUUAUUCUCGUCGGUGGCAGCGAUGGGGUCCUCAGCGUGUUUUCGCGAAGUGGGGCGCUGAAGUCGCAGCUGCAGCUGACGGAGGAAGAAGGGGGCAUUCAACAUUUAGCUCAUCAAGGGGGUUAUACGGUGUUUGCAAUCCUGCAUAAGUUUCCUAGGGUUUUAAAAGGCCCUGUGAGGGUUGUUUUAUUUGCAAAGGAGAAACUCGUGGCUGUCUCGCUACCCACCAACCACUCUGCUGCUGCUGCUGCUGCUGCUGCUGAAGUUCCUGCAGCAUCAGCAGCAGCAAAUGCCUCCGCACAGAGGGGUAUGGCGGUGUUUAAUGUGGCAGCAGUUGAUCGACGUGAUGCAGUUGGUGGGGCUGAAGCAUACUUAUUGCCGCUGAAUGAAGAGAUCACUUCCUUCGCUAUGCUGCGGAGGACAGGAGACACGACAUUGUUGGCCUUGGGUUUAUCAGGUAAGGAGACAGACAGCAGCAGCAAACAAGUCGAACAACAACAUAAUUAA